AAUACAUUUUAUUUAAAGUACUUAAUUGAAAUCUAAAAGGUUUUUUUUGAUUUUAUUCUAAAACUGACAACUAAUAUAUUUUUUUUAUGACAAAUUUCUAUUUUAUUUUUUCUAAAUAUUUAUCACAUUUUAUUAAGAUAAGAAUGUGUUUGUGGCAACCACGAUUUGUCCAACUUUUUUUUACAUGCGUAUGAAUAGAUUUACUAAAAUAGUUAAGUAAAUAGUGUUUUUAAAUUAAAGAAUAAUCAACUAUGUCCGAAAAUUUUCAUAUAUAAACACCUAUUUAAAUAAAAAAUUGUCAUUAAUUAUUCAAAAUAUAACAUUUAAGUAAAAAGAAGCAAGGUAAAAAUGGAGAACUGGCAACUAAUAUAUUUUUUUAUGACAAAUUUCUGUUUGAUAUUUAACGAAGGCAUUGAAAAUAAAUAUUCGGGUGCAAAAAAAAUAUGUCCGUUUGAAAAAGGUACGACGAGAAAUGCUGCUAAAAUUGGUAACAUACAAACAUUAAAACAAGCUUAUGAGAGUGGUUGUGAAUGGGAUGAAUUUACGACUUCCGAAGCUGCUGAAAACGGGCAUUUAAAAUGCUUAAAAUAUGCCUACGAAAAUGGAUGUCCAUGGGAUGUAGGCACAACAGAAGCAGCUGCGAAAUAUGGUAAUUUAGAAACCUUAAUAUACAUUCAUAAAAAUGGCUGUAAAUGGGAUAAAAAUACAGCAAGCGUUGCUGCUGAAUAUGGGCAUGUAGAAUGCUUAAUUUAUACACAUGAAUAUGGCUGUAGAUGGAAUGAAGAAACAACUAGAGACGCUGCUGCAAAUGGACAAUUGGAAUGUUUAAAAUAUGCGCAUGAAAAUGGAUGUCCAUGGGAUGUAAGCACAACGAUUUCAGCAGCAUCAAAUGGGCAUUUAGGAUGCUUGCAAUAUGCACAUGAAAAUAGAUGUCCAUGGGAUAUAAGUACAACGUCAGAAGCUGCGAAAUUUGGACAGUUAGAAUGCCUAAAAUAUGCACAUAAAAAUGGUUGUGCAUGGAAUGAACAAACAACAAGUAACGCUGCUUUGAAUGGACAUUAUGAAUGUUUAAAAUAUGCACAUGAAAAUGGAUGUCCAUGGGAUGUAAGAACAACGAUUGCGGCUGCGUCAAAUGGGCAUUUAGAAUGCUUGAAAUAUGCACAUGAAAAUAGAUGUCCAUGGGAUAUAAGUACAACGUCAGAAGCUGCAAAAUUUGGACAGUUAGAAUGCCUAAAAUAUGCACAUAAAAAUGGUUGUGCAUGGAAUGAACAAACAACAAGUAACGCUGCUUUGAAUGGACAUUAUGAAUGUUUAAAAUAUGCACAUGAAAAUGGAUGUCCAUGGGAUGUAAGAACAACGAUUGCGGCUGCGUCAAAUGGGCAUUUAGAAUGCUUGAAAUAUGCACAUGAAAAUAGAUGUCCAUGGGAUAUAAGUACAACGUCAGAAGCUGCAAAAUUUGGACAGUUAGAAUGCCUAAAAUAUGCACAUAAAAAUGGUUGUGCAUGGAAUGAACAAACAACAAGUAACGCUGCUUUGAAUGGACAUUAUGAAUGUUUAAAAUAUGCACAUGAAAAUGGAUGUCCAUGGGAUGUAAGAACAACGAUUGCGGCUGCGUCAAAUGGGCAUUUAGAAUGCUUGAAAUAUGCACAUGAAAAUAGAUGUCCAUGGGAUAUAAGUACAACGUCAGAAGCUGCAAAAUUUGGACAGUUAGAAUGCCUAAAAUAUGCACAUAAAAAUGGUUGUGCAUGGAAUGAACAAACAACAAGUAACGCUGCUUUGAAUGGACAUUAUGAAUGUUUAAAAUAUGCACAUGAAAAUGGAUGUCCAUGGGAUGUAAGAACAACGAUUGCGGCUGCGUCAAAUGGGCAUUUAGAAUGCUUGAAAUAUGCACAUGAAAAUAGAUGUCCAUGGGAUAUAAGUACAACGUCAGAAGCUGCAAAAUUUGGACAGUUAGAAUGCCUAAAAUAUGCACAUAAAAAUGGUUGUGCAUGGAAUGAACAAACAACAAGUAACGCUGCUUUGAAUGGACAUUAUGAAUGUUUAAAAUAUGCACAUGAAAAUGGAUGUCACUGGAAUAAAGCAAUAUCUAGAUAUGCUGCUAUAGGAUGUAAUUUAGAUUGUUUAAAAUAUGUAUUUGCAAAUGGAUGUCCAUGGGAUGUAGGCACAACAUUUGCUGCUGUCGCAAGAAAUAAUUUGAUAAUAUUAAAAUAUGCAUAUGAAAAAGGAUGUCCAUUGGAUAUUGGCAUAACUACUGAGGCUACUGUAAGAGGUAAUUUAGAAAUUUUAAAAUAUGCACAUGAAAAUGGAUGUCCAUUGGAUGAUGGCAUAAUUAAAGCGGCUACUGUAAGAGGUAAUUUAGAAAUUUUAAAAUAUGCACAUGAAAAUGGAUGUCCAUUAGAUGAUAAAAUAACUACUUUGGCUAUAGAUAGUGGUUAUUUUGAAAUUUUAAAAUAUGCACGUGAAAAUGGAUUUCCAUGGGAUAAAAGAACAACAAAAGUUGCUGCAAGUUAUGGUAAUUUAGAGUUUUUAAAAUAUGCUCAUGAAAACGGAUGCCAAUGGGAUGAGGGCACAACGAGAGGAGCUGCAGAAAGUGGUUGUUUAGAAUGUUUAAAAUAUGCACAUGAAAAUGGAUGUAAUUGGGAUAAAGGUACAAUGGUAACCGCUGCAAUGCAUGGUAAUUUAGAUUGCUUAAUAUAUGCUCAUGAAAAUGGUUGUAUAUGGGAUGAAGGUACAAUAAGAGUUGCUGCUUUUAGAGGUUAUUUUGUUUGUUUAAAAUAUGCCCAUGAAAAUGGAUGUGACUGGGAUAUAGGAACAACUAAAGUUGCUGCUGGAAUGGGACAUAUAAAGUGCUUAACAUAUGCACACGAAAAUGGAUGUCCGUUGGAUGAUAAUAUAACAUUGGUUGCUGCUAAGUAUGGACAUUUAAAUUGCUUAAAAUAUGCACAUAUAAAUAAAUGCAAAUUGGAAAAAAAAAUAACGGGACUAGCUGCUUCUAAUGGUGAUUUAGAAAUUUUAAUAUACGCUCAUGAAAAUGGAUGUCCAUGGGAUGAAAAUACAACUAAGGAAGCUGCUGCUAAUGGUCAUUUAAAAUGUCUAGUAUAUGCACAUGAAAAUGGAUGCCCAUGGAAUAUUGGUAUAACUACUGCGGCUACCAAUAUUGGUAAUUUAGAAAUUUUAAAAUAUGCACAUGAAAAUGGAUGUCCAUGGGAUGAUGGAAUAACUACUGCGGCUACUAAAAGGGGUAGUUUAGAAAUUUUAAAAUAUGCUCAUGAAAAUGGAUGUCCAUGGGAUGACGGCUUACUUAUUGCGGCUAUUAAAAGUGGUAGUUUAGAAAUUUUCAAAUAUGCGCAUGAAAAUGGUUGUCCAUUUGAUGACACCAUACUUACUGUAGCUAUUAAAAGAGGUAGUUUUGAAAUUUUAAAAUAUCUACAUGAAAAUGGAUGUUUAUGGGAUGAAAAAACAACAAAAGUAGCUGCAGGUUAUGGUAAUUUGAAAAUGUUGAAAUAUGCUCAUGAAAACGGAUGCAAAUGGGCCACUGGCACAACAAAAGCAGCUGCUUUAAGAGGUCAUUUUGAUUGUCUUAAAUAUGCACAUGAAUAUGGCUGUCCAUGGGAUGAUGACACAACUAGAGCGUCUGCAGCAAGUGGUUGUUUAGACUGUUUAUUGUAUGCUCAUGAAAAUGGAUGUAAAUGGGAUGAAGACACAAUUGUUACAGCUGCAUUGCAUGGUAAUUUAGAUUGUUUAAAAUAUGCAUAUGAAAAUGGAUAUAAUUGGAUCAAAGGUACGAUGAGAGGGGCUGCUGCAAAUCGACAUUUAGAAUGCCUCAAAUAUGCCUAUGAAAAUGGUUGUGAUUGGGACGAAGGCACAAUGAGGGAAGCGGCUGCUAGUGGUUGCAUUAGUUGUUUGAAAUUUGCUCAUGAAAAUGGAUGCAAUUGGGAUGAAGGUACAAUAGUUACAGCUGCCAUGCGUGGUAAUUUAGAUAUCUUAAUAUAUGCCCACGAAAAUGGAUGUAAAUGGGAUGAAGGUACUACAAGACUUGCUGCAGCAAAUGGUCAGUUUCGUUGUUUAAAAUACGCUCAUGAACAUAAUUGUCCAUGGAGUAAAAAUACCAUUUAUGAAGCUACCAGAAGAGGUUUUUCAUUUUUAACAAACUAUGCUUAUGAAAAUGGUUGUCCUAAUUAGUUUUUUGAUAAAAUAUUUAAAUUUUUUAUUAUCCUUCACUUUAUAUUUUAAAUAAAUCGUGUUAAGCCUAAUCAAUAAUUUUAUUGAUAGAAAUUGUGUCAUUUUACUUGCUCAUUAAAUAAUCUUUAUGAAAUAAUAACCGAAAUUCUUGAAUAAAAUAUACAAAUUUUUCAAUCAUGUAUUUAAAG